AUGUUUUAUUUUUUGGCUGGGUGUACAAGGGAGUCUUGGUUAUUACCUUCCAGGUUAUUCUUUCACGCAUGCAUAUUGUACUAGAUAAGACAGUCCAAAUAGAGCUGAGACACGUAUGCCAUUAUAACCAAUAUUGUCUAAUGAAGCAAGGAAUGGAUGCUCAAGAGCACACAAUCCAAGGAAGCGAAUGUGAAUCAAAACGAAAGUUUGCCUCAGCCAUUCUCUUAUCCUCUCCUCCCAUUAUCCCAUUACCAUUAAUGCCAUUUUUCGUGUCCAUUAAAAGAAAGUUGAUGAUGAAACAAGAGCUGCCAAUACUCCUUUUGGGAACAAGCCAGAAGAACAGACUGCCCCAUCCCUAUCCUACAUAUGUGCAGCAUCAAUGACACUUGUCAGUGUCGCGUGAGAAGUGUCAUUGACGCUGUUCUCUGUAUAUCGGUUAGAGCAGUGUGUUGUUACGCCUGGCCAAAAGAGGCAUUGGCCACUGGCUGUUGUUUUCACACUGUUUUACCGUGUGAAAACAAAGCCGAAAAAUGAAGGUGAAGAAGAGAAUUUGGAAAUUAAAGACACACGUCCUAUAUAAUAAAAGAGAUCAAAGUCAGCCUCUCAAAUGCUCAUUAAUAUAGGAUGAUGGUUGUUGGUGUUGGUUGGUACCCACCGCCAUCAAGCGUAGUGUGUCUCGCCAGUCAAAUGUCAAAACUCCAUUUUCUAAGAGGUGCCUGGCUAUAUUUUCACAUGUCAGUCUCUCUCCCGAAAAGUCAUCAUCCUCAAUAACAUCACUUCAUACUCACAUUCACCUCUCCCAACCUUCUUUUUUAAAAAGCAAUUCCAACCUUUAAAAACAACGCCCUUUU